CGUUUCACAUCUAAAGCCGCGUGGAAGUCUCUGUUGCUGAAAUAAUUUACCACGAAUUCAUAAUGGGAGGCAACACGUCAUCGUCGGUCAACGCAGAAAGUAACACAACCGUCGAGAAAGAAGCUGUUGUUGCAGUGCCAGAAAUUGCUAAGCUUGUGGACCGAGAUCCUUAUUUGAAACUCCACGAAGAUGAAAUACGACGCAGGUAUGGUGUUUUUAACAACUUGAGGAAUGAAAUAAAUGAUACAGAAGGAGGCAUUGACACAUUCACUUCAGCUUACAAGACAUUUGGCAUCCAUAUUAAUCAAGAUAACAGUGUCAGAUGCAAAGAAUGGGCACCUGGAGCUGGUCAGCUAUACCUGUAUGGAGAUUUCAAUGGUUGGGAAAAGAAAAGAAAUCCAUAUCAGAAACUUGACUUUGGGAAAUGGGAAUUAAAAAUUCCUGCAAACCCAGAUGGUACCUGUCCAAUUAAGCAUGGUUCAAAAUUGAAGAUUGUAGUUGAAAGUGAGGAUGGGUCACUGUUGGACAGAUUAUCUCCAUGGGCAACCUAUGUUGUUAAGCCACCGGUUGAAGAAGGCUUUACUUACCAACAAGUUGUUUGGCAUCCACCACAGAAAUACCAAUUCCAGCAUUCGCGUCCAAAACGGCCUGGCAGCCUUAGAAUUUAUGAAUGCCAUGUGGGAAUCGCGACUACAGAAGGGAAAGUUGGCUCGUACGUGGAGUUUAGAGAAAACGUUAUCCCACGCAUCGUGAAACUUGGGUACAACGCUCUUCAACUAAUGGCCAUCAUGGAGCAUGCGUACUAUGGUAGCUUUGGCUACCAAGUUACCAGUUUUUAUGCGGCGUCAAGCCGAUAUGGAAACCCAGAAGAACUUAAAGAACUAAUAGAUGUGGCACAUUCUCAUGGACUCGUCGUACUACUUGACGUCGUCCACUCCCAUGCUUCCAAAAAUGUGUUAGACGGACUUAAUCAAUUCGAUGGUACAGAUUCUUGUUUUUUUCAUGGAGGUGCACGCGGUGAACAUACUCUUUGGGAUAGUCGGCUUUUUAAUUAUUCAAGUUGGGAAGUGUUGCGCUUUUUACUCUCCAAUCUCAGGUGGUAUAUGGAAGAGUACCUAUUUGAUGGAUUCAGGUUCGAUGGCGUCACAUCUAUGCUGUAUCAUUCACGAGGAAUCGGACAGGGUUUUAGUGGUGAUUACAAUGAAUAUUUUGGACUCAAUACCGAUACAGAGGCUUUGUGUUACCUUGCCUUGGCUAAUCAUAUGCUCCACGAAAUGUAUCCGGAUGUCAUUACUGUGGCUGAGGAUGUGUCUGGCAUGCCAGCUCUGUGUAGGCCGGUGAGUGAAGGUGGCGGUGGAUUCGAUUAUCGGUUGGGGAUGGCUAUUCCGGAUAAAUGGAUCCAGCUGUUGAAAGAGCACAAAGAUGAAGACUGGAACGUCGGAAACCUUGUCCACACUUUGACCAACAGAAGGUGGAUGGAAAAAACCAUCGCCUAUGCCGAGUCUCAUGAUCAGGCCUUAGUGGGGGAUAAAACAAUUGCAUUUUGGUUGAUGGACAAAGAAAUGUAUACCCAUAUGUCUGUGUUGUCGGAUCCAUCACCAGUGAUUGAUCGUGGCAUUGCUUUACACAAGAUGAUCCGACUGAUCACACACGCCCUAGGUGGAGAAGGUUAUCUUAAUUUUAUUGGAAAUGAAUUUGGUCACCCCGAAUGGUUGGAUUUUCCUCGCGUCGGAAACAACGAAUCAUACCACUAUGCUCGGAGACAAUGGAACCUUGUGGAUGAUGAAUUACUCAAGUAUCGUUACCUCAAUAAUUUCGAUGCUGCCAUGAACCAUUUAGAGGAACAGUAUGGAUGGCUACAAAAAGAUCCAGGUUACGUAAGCACAAAGCAUGAGGGAGACAAGGUUAUCUCAUUCGAUCGUGCUGGUUUGGUAUUUGUCUUCAACUUUAACCCCACGCAAAGUUUCACCGACUAUCGCGUUGGUGUACCGGUCGCUGGCAAAUAUCGCGUUGUGCUGGACUCCGAUGACCAUGAAUGUGGAGGUCAUGGGCGGUUAGACCACAACACCAACUAUUUUUCGUUUGAAGAACCGUUUGGAGGUCGCCCUUAUUCAACAAUGGUGUACGCACCCUGUCGCACGUCGUUUGUGUUGGCUCCUAUGGAUCCAAACGUGCACGGGACAUCAGAGUAGGAAGGUUCCAUCUCGGUCAAGGAAGUGUUUUCCAUCAGGUUGCAUGAGUUACGUACGCCACUAUGGGUAAGCGAGUUUUGUUUAAAGUUUUUGGUUUUCGGUGUAUGCUGUUAAUGAUUUAAAGGGACAGUGAAGAUCGCUAAAACUCAAUAAAAUUGGAUGCCAAUUUA